AAACGGUCAGUUGCUAAAGGAAAAAAACAGCCGCUUCCGUGUUGUUCUUGUGUUAUUCUGGCAAAUAACUAUCGUUAGUGGAGUCAAAGCUCGUCUGGCAGCAUCUUUACAGUGUGUUUAUCAUGGUUUUAUAAAGCUGACAGACACUUUCAGCUUUUGUUUCUCUCGAAAUGUCGCUGCUUCAAAGCUCAAAGAAAAAAGACAAGCGUAUUUUGUCUGGUACCUGCCCAGACCCGAAAUGUCAGGCGAGGCUCUUCUUCCCCGCUUUCGGCUCCAUUAGCAUCGAGUGCACAGAGUGUGGUCAACGCCACGAGCAGAAGAACCUGUUAAAUGUCGAAGAGGUGACUGAUCCAGAUGUGGUGCUUCAUAAUCUACUCAGAAAUGCCCUACUAGGUGUUACCGGGGCCCCGAAGAAAGGGACGGAGCUGGUGAAGGUAAUGGGGCUUUCUAAUUAUCACUGCAAGCUCCUGUCCCCGGUCCUCACCAGGUACGGCAUGGACAAACAAACCGGCAAAGCCAAGCUGCUGAGGGAAAUGAACCAAGGAGAGAUGUUUGACUGCUCGCUGCUGGGAGAUAGAGCCUUUCUAAUCGAGCCGGACCAUGUGUCCACCAUGGGUUAUGGUAAGGACAGGUCUGGGAGCCUCAUAUACCUCCAUGACACCCUGGAAGAGGUCAAGAAGGCCAAUGGCAGCAGGGAGUGUCUCAUCCCGGUCCAUGUGGAUGGAGAUGGGCAUUGCCUGGUCCAUGCUGUGUCUAGAGCGCUCGUGGGCAGAGAACUGUUCUGGCACGCCCUUAGAGAAAACCUCAAACAGAACUUCAAGCAGAACCUGGACCGCUACAAACGGCUUUUUCAGGAUUUUAUUGAUGCUGCAGAGUGGGAAGACAUCAUCAAUGAGUGUGACCCCCUGUUCAUCCCCCCUGAAGGUGUCCCGCUUGGACUUCGGAACAUCCACAUAUUUGGCUUAGCCAAUGUCCUCCACCGACCCAUAAUCCUGCUGGACUCUCUGAGUGGGAUGAGGAGCUCCGGGGACUACUCUGCCACCUUCCUGCCUGGGCUGGUGGCAGAGGAGCAGUGCAGGGGUAAAGACGGGAAGCUCAACAAGCCCAUCUGUAUCGCCUGGAGCAGCUCCAGCAGGAACCACUACAUUCCUCUUGUGGGAAUCAAGAACACAGUGCUGCCCAAGCUGCCGGCCCACCUACUGCCCAAAGCCUGGGGCAUCCCCCAGGAGCUCAUCAAGAAGUACAUCAAACUGGAGUUGGAUGGGAGCUGUGUAAUUGGUGGCGAGCGCAGCUUGCAGGAUAAAUACCUGAUGAGGCUGGUCAACGCCAUGGAGGAGGUGUUCAUGGAGAAGCAUAGCAUCCACCCCUCGCUGGUGGCAGAUGUUCACCAGUACGUCUACCGGCGGACCGGGGUGAUCGGUGUCCAGCCUGAGGAGGUGACAGAAGCAGCAAAGAAGUCAGUAAUGGACAACCGGUUGCACCGCUGCCUGAUCUGUGGCGCCCUGUCUGAACUACAUGUCCCAGCCGAGUGGCUGGUUCCUGGGGGGAAGCUCUACAACUUGGCCAAAUCCACGCAUGGCCAACUGCGGCCGGACAAGAACUACAGCUUCCCUCUCAACAACGUGGUCUGUUCUUAUGACCCAAAGAGAGACUUCCUGGUCCCGGACUACAAGCUGAGCUCCCUCAGCACCUGCAACUGGUGCCACGGCACGUCGGUGCGCCACAUCCGCGGUGACGGCUCAGUGGUUUACCUGGACGGGGACAGGACCAACACCCGCUCGCAGGGCGGGAAGUGCGGCUGCGGCUUCAAGCAUUACUGGGAGGGGAAGGAGUAUGACAACCUGCCCGAAGCCUUCCCCAUCACCCUGGAGUGGGGCGGUCGAGUGGUGCGAGAGACGGUGUACUGGUUCCAGUAUGAGACUGACCCGGUGCUGAACAGCAACGUUUACGACGUGGCCAUGAAGCUGGUCACCAAACACUUCCCGGGUGAGUUUGGCAGCGAGAUCCUGGUGCAGAAAGUGGUCAACACUAUCCUGCACCACACCGCCAAGAAGAACCCUGACGAAUACAACCCAGUGUCCAUCGACGGUGCUCAUGUCCAGCGUCUCACCGACGCCACAGAGAGCCAGCCGGCAGCAGACCCACAGCCGCCCACAAAGAUCAUCCUGACUGGUCAGAAGGCGAAGACGCUUCACAAAGAGGAGCUGACGAUGAGCCGGACAGAGCGCAGCCUCCAGCAGAGCAUCAGCGAGCAGGCCUUCGUCACCCAGAAGAGAAGGACGGACAAGCUAAAGCAGGAGCAGAAAAGUCCAGGCCGGGCGUCCUCCCCCAGCGGGCUUCCAGAGACCUCCUCCUACUCAGCUCCAGCCACGCCCACCAAAUCCUCCUCUCCAUCCUCGUCCAUUAAAGAGAAGAAGAUCCGUGUGACGACCAGCGACGGCAGGCAGGCCAUGCUGACCCUGCAAGCCCACACCAGCUUCUCCGAGCUGCAACGAAGCAUCACCAACCAGUUUGGUGUGCCGCCCGCGCAGCAGUGCAUCCGCUACGGCUUCCCGCCUAAAGAACUGGUCCCACCGAAAGACGGCGAGGAGAACGAGCCCGUGGCGCUGCAGCACGGGGACAGGGUGACGGUGGAGAUCCUGAGGGGCCCCGAGGACAAGAGCCCCGCCAUCUCCAUAACCAGGGCGUCCAGCUCGCACUCGGUGAAGAGCGACGAUGCUAUGACAUCUGGCAGGACAAGUAGCCGGGAGCUCCAGGAGAGCAUAGACCUGGAGAUGUCCUCCCUCUGUCUCCUAGCAACAUUGAUGGGUGAGGAUGUGUGGUCGUACGCUAAGAAGCUGCCACACUUAUUCCAGCAGGGAGGCGUCUUCUACAACAUCGUCAAGAAAGACAUGGGUCUGAUGGACGGGAAGCACUGCACGCUGCCCCACCUGACUGGGAAAACUUUUGUUUACAACGCGGCGGAGGAGCGUCUGGAGCUCUGCGUGGAUGCUGCAGGUCACUUUCCCAUCGGCCCUGACGUGGAGGAGCUGGUGAAGGAGGCGCUGGUGCAGCUGCGCUCAGAGGCGGCUUCAAGGGGCAGCAGAGAGGGGAGCCCCUCCCACGGCGUGCUGCGGCUAGGCAGUGGCGGCGUCGUCCGGAAGAAGGAACAGCUGCAGAGCGUCACCGCCUUCCAGGGAAAAGGCCACUCUCUGGGCAGCGCCGGAGGCUCCUCCCCUCCAGAACACCGGCCUAUCACACGGCAGCACAGCAGCGGUGUGGACCUGAGCGCCAGUGUUUCCAGGGGACCCCCUGACCUGUCGGACAUCCCCGAGGACGCCACCAGGGAACUGGUCCGCAUGGCUCCGGGCUUUGUCACCAUGAAGGACGGCCGCGGCCUGGACCCCAGCGUGAUGGAGCAGCAGCGGAGGAAGCUGCAGGAGAUGGUCUCCUCCAUCCAGGCCUCCAUGGAGCGCCACCUGAGGGAGCAGCAGAGCUCAGCCGCCGCAGUGGGUGGGGCCAGGCAGGAGCAGACGGGCAGGACCAGGGCGUCCGUGGCUGAUCAGGAUCCUCCAGCUGCAGCAGGCGCAACGGCGUCUGGCAAACCCGAGGAGAAGUUGGAGGAACCGGAGGAGAUGGAGAGCCAGGACGCUGGGCAGAACGCCACCGAACCCAUGGAUCAUUCCUGAUCCCUCCUGAGCUCCGCCCCUCCCCCACCCCGCCUGACCAGCGUCUGUAGGUCACACGGCCUCAGGUCGGAUCCCAAAGCUUUGGUCUUCAUCGUGUCGCGUCGUCUUUACUGCAUGACUACAGAGCGAGCUGCCCGUCCUCCCGCGGCGGCGUCCAGCUGGGCGGUGAGACACGCUGUCAGCGAUACAUCAUCCUCACCAACGUCACAGCUCUGUCGCACUACUACAGCUGUGUGUGUGUGUGUGUUUACACCGUGCACACCUUGAUCUCAGCUGCAGAAAAUAAAAACAGCAAAUGUC